AUUUUUUUAAAUAUAAACUUUCUAACACGUUGUAUGGAUUUAACACUUGUGGACUGGAUAUAUCACGCCAUGAUCCUCACACGUGUACCCUGCCACUGAUGGGGGAUGGGGUGUGUGUGUGUGUGUGUGUGUGUGUGUGUGUGUGUGUGACCACAAGAGAGAGCGAGCUCUUGUUAUUUAUCCAGGAGCAACACGCGCGCCGCUGCGAGCUCUGUGUGCCUGAAGUUUACUCCCUUGAGCUCUUCCCGAGCAUUUACACGCGUGUAGCCAGACAAAGGGAGCGGAUGUGUGUUUUUUGUCCAUGAGGAAAAUGUGGAUGAGGUCAGAGCGAUCUGGGAAGUAAAGAGGCUUGUGUUUGGAGAGAGAUGUAUCCGCCGCGCUCGCAUCUGUCGCACACUUGAUCUGACCACACGAAAGAAGAAGAGGUGCUCGGGAGCUGCUUACCUGUGCGUGAACACACCGUGGACACACACACGGACAGACGGAGGCAUGUGCUGUGUUACCGUAGCCGCAUGGGGUUUAUGAAGAAAUAACGGCUUCACGGACAGCUGCUGUAGGCCUCUCCGCUGAACUCAGCCUCACUGGACACGGUCUCUCACCCACCAGGAGAAAUGGGUCUAAUUUUCGCCAAACUAUGGAGUUUCUUUUGUAAUCAAGAACACAAGGUGGUUAUUGUGGGGCUGGACAACGCUGGGAAAACCACUAUACUUUAUCAGUUUUUAAUGAAUGAGGUGGUGCACACGUCUCCUACAAUUGGCAGCAAUGUGGAGGAAAUAGUGGUGAAGAAAACCCACUUUCUGAUGUGGGAUAUUGGUGGUCAGGAGAGUCUCCGCUCCUCUUGGAACACGUACUACUCCAACACUGAGUUCAUCAUACUGGUAGUGGACAGUACUGACAGAGAGAGACUAGCCAUUUCUAAAGAAGAGAUCUACAGGAUGCUAGCACAUGAGGAUCUGCGCAAAGCUGCAGUGUUGAUCUUUGCUAAUAAGCAGGACAUGAAGGGCUGUAUGUCUGCAGCAGAGAUUUCCAAAUACCUGACCCUCAGCUCCAUCAAGGAUCAUCCCUGGCACUUCCAGUCCUGCUGUGCGCUCACUGGAGAAGGGCUGUGUCAAGGUUUAGAGUGGAUGACCUCAAGAGCCGGGCUCAGAUAGCCUCUGAUUCUUCUUGUUGGACUGAUUGACAGCGAUUUCCACCUCCUCUGGUUGCACUGCAGGCUCAUCCCAUUGGCUGCUCAUGUUUUAUUUUUAAUCUCGCUCUGCAGCUGAACUCUCUGGACACCUACCUCAGCUGGGAUUUAUCAGUUACAUGAAUCUGGUUUGACAGUCUUGUCGAUCAAUAUUAAAUCAGGAGCGACUGGAUUUUUGUACUGGGUGUAUAUCGGAAGAUCUUCAAAGUCGAAAGUAUUUCAACUUAAAGAGAGGCACUACAGUGCUGGUGUGUGUUUGUGAGGAGGGACUGUGUUUUUAACACUGACAGUGGAACAGAAGUUCUCCAAAUAAGUAUAUUAAGCUAAUCGUGUGUUUCUUUAAAUCUACUGGGAAGAAAUGGGGAAUCCAUUUUCACAUGGGGAAUCUUUGGGUAAAUUGUUGUCAUUGUUUGGUUGUUUUUGGUUAUGCUUUUGGGGUAUCAAAUGUUUAAAGUGCCAUUGGUACCCAGCAACACCAUCACAUAUCAUGAAAACACCUGAGCAUAUCACUUAGUGCACAUUACCUCAUUAGUUACAGUAGAGGGCGCUGUUACCAUUUCAGACGUGGCCAUUACAGCUUGAAAUGUCAUUGAUGUGAGAUGCAAUUUAAAGAAAGGGAGGGGGGGGGGUUAGAAUGCAGCAGUUGGCUGGAUUUAUUGUAAUGUCUGUUACAGGUGUUUUAAGUAACCAUUCUCCUUGCUGGAGUGUGGUUAUAGCAUAAAGGUCCUUCAGUUAUUAUGAGGAAAUAAAGUUCAAAAGGAACACAGUAUUAUGAUUUUUAAAAUCACUUUUCAUCCCAACCCUCUUGGUGCAAAUAUUCACUGCUGCUGAUCUUCACAGGUCAACCAGCCAUAAUAGCUGUGUCUGUUGCUAUGUAAGUGAUUGCCGUUUUAUUCAGAUUUCUUCAGCUCGGACAUUUAUUUUUUUGUCAUCUUCCUUUUUUUCAGGUUAUUUGGAACAAUAUGAACGCAUGAGCACUAGUUCUUAUUUGUUUGCGUGGUGAUUUUGCCAAUAUUCUUAUUGGUUCUAGCUGAAACUCCUCUGUUUUCACAGAUUUUUUUCAUCCUCUCCGUGCCCUGUGCUCAGUUAAGGGAAACUCUUUCAAGACUUGAAUGCAGUGACUACAAGUUGGUGCUCUCACUGAUGAUAUUUCCCUCCCAACAUUGAAAUCUAUUUGCAUAACGGUUAUUGGCUGCUGAUCUAGGCAAAUCAAUCCUAUGGAUCCGUCUCUGUCUGUUUUGCAAGGGUUUUAUUGCAGUGGCUCUUUGAGGUCAUUGCCUGGCUGUUGUGGAUGUGCAGUUUAACGUUCAGUAAAAUUUCACAUGGAGACUUCUCUAAUUGGAAGAAGAAAUUAAUUUGGCUGCUGUGACCAUUAACAUAAAGGCGGCAUUGGUCAGACUUAUGUAAAAUCUAUUCUUUACCCAAUCACAGUCUAAAGCAGUGUGUUUUUAGUCUGUGUUAAUAUGCAUCUUUACAAACGUGAUAUGAGUUUAUAUUGAAUCAUACCAUGUUGAAUGGAGGUCCUUUGGAAAAUAUGAAAAAUAUUUAAAAGUGGAAAUCUGACUUAUGCAUCAGAAUGGGAAUGACGUGUUUCUGCCAAUGGUUCAGAGGAGUGUAAUAUUCUGUUUCAUUGCUGAAGAUCACGGUCAAACCAUUUGGUUCUCAGAUGUGCCAUUUCUAAAGGAGCAGGUGAAAUCUGUAGCAACUUUCCUAAUUCUUAUAGUUUUAUAAUAAAAGCUUUUAUUUUGAAAUCUGAAUUGUGG